AUGGAAGUACCUGAAACCUCGAUACGUUUAGAAAACAUUGACGAUUUAUUUUAUCCAAACAGAGAUACAAUGAAGGAAGAAUUUCCUCGUAGCAUUCUGGUGAUUGGAAGACCUGGGAUUGGAAAAACGGUCUUGACGGAAAAAAUUCUCCGUAACUGGGCUAAUGGAAUUGAUGAAUAUUAUUACGACACGGUUGCUUUCUCUUUCAAAUUCAGAUGGUUGAACGAGAAUUUUAACAAAUUAGCAAAUAUAUCCCUUAAGACAUUUCUUCGGUUUGGGACGAGACUGAAUGAAGAAACGUUUGAAAGUAUUUACGAAGAAAUUGCAAAAGAGCCAGAAAAAGCCAUUCUUAUCUUUGAUGGCUUAGACGAAUAUCACGGCGACCUCAUAAGUUGCUUAGACCAAUCUCGCCUCAUUCCAAACGAUCCCAAUACUGACACGUCAGCAAUAAAUUUAUUCAUUAAACUAGUUUUGGGCGACUUGUUGAAAGGAGCAACGGUUGUAGUAACGAGCAGACCGACUGCAGAUGGUUUUUACUCCAGACUUGAAUUUGAUCGAAAUGUGGAGAUCAUUGGUUUCACCUCCGAUAAAAUUGAAGAAUAUGUCAGCCGAUUUUGUGACAAUAAUAACACGAGCGACCUCAAAACGAAGAUAUGGAACCAUAUAAAAACCUCAUCAGAACUGUUAAACUUAUGUUACAUUCCAAUCAACUGCUUUAUAGUGUGUGUUACCCUCUCCGGACGCCUUAUCGAUAGUGACCAAAGAAAUGAAACUGGCGCUCUUCCAACAACACUGACAGAACUUUACCAGACAGCCAUUGAUCAUUUUGAGAAACAUAAUCACAGAAGUGCAGACAGAAACUCUACGGCACAUGAAGCGUUAAAGAAACUUCAACGAUUAGCAUUCCUUGGUAUGGAAAGCGGGCAACUGAUUUUUGAUCAAGUAUUAUUUGAUGUAAAAAUGAAAACGUCAGGUUUAUUGAACAGUUUAUCCAAUCCUAUUUUCCCACUACAAACACAAUUUUGUUUUAUCCAUUUAACCAUACAAGAAUUUCUUGCCGCAAGACACGUGACUGAAACAUUUGUUCCACUCCAAAUAAAGAAGUUUAUUUCCGAUCAUGUUGAAAGUGGUAAAUGGCAUUUAAUUAUUCACUUCAUUGCAGGACUUUUGAGCAAGAAAAGGUUUCAUAGGGAAUACAAGGAUUGUAUUUUCGCAAUUGGUGAAAGCCUCCAAGUUACUCAUGGUAAAAUUGAACUUAAUUACAACGAAGUGUUUGUGAUGAAGUGUUUAAGGGAAGUGGACGAUGAAGAGAUUGUUAAAGAAGUUUGUGAGACAACUACUUUGAACGAUGUUGUAAAGCUACACAAUGGUUUAUAUCACGUUUCUCCAAGUGACUGGGCAGCGGUGAGUUAUAUUUGCAAACACAUGAAGAAUUUGGCAAAUUUAGUUUUGUCUACCACUGUAGAUGAAUAUUACCUUCUGGAGGUUCUACAAUUGCUACGAAAAAGAUGCUUAAAUCAACUACAAUUGUCUGGGGGUAGAUUUGACACUGUUAUAGAUGUGGAACGAGUAUUUAGCGCAUUAAUGGAAUUAAACUGCACAUUAGACCACAAGCACACUAAGCUGACUUCGUUAACACUUCAUGAUUUUGGCAUGACCGAAACAGGUUUACUAAUGAUGUGCAGAUUUUUUCGUAACGGGUAUGCCAGCCAACUUACGUGCUUAGAUCUAAAUUGUAUUGGAAUUCGGACACAUGAAAUUUCGGAACUUCGUGAAGUCCUUAACAAUGGACAUUGUUCAAAUCUUACCUAUUUGGAUAUUGGAAAUGAAUUAAUACGUGAUUAG